UAAUACUUUUGGGCUGGACUGAAACCACAAAGGUCUGAACAAAAUGUCCUCACUGAUCAGAAAGUGAAAGUAAAUGAUUAUAUGCAGUGGUUUCUCAGAAGUCCAGAAUCAUAAAGGGAUUAUUUAAAAGAAGAGCUUGACGCUUUCAGCUUCACUUAGGAGAAAGGUCAAUACCACUGAAAGAUGGCUGGAUGGUUCUGGAAACGAAGCAACCCCGCUGAUCCAUCCCACAAAGAAGAGACUCCAGAGUCUGGAAUUCUGGAUGUACCAUGGAGAGAACUACGCUGGGGAGACAAACAAAAGGAUCUUAAGUAUGUGCAGGAGUACAAACCUGCCAAAAAAGGCAUCAGAUACCUUCGAGUACUGCUGUAUGGACCAGUUGGAGCUGGGAAGUCCAGUUUCAUCAACUCUGUCAGUAACGUCAUGCGAGGAAGAAUAACAAUUCCUGCUUUGGCCAGUGCCACCACAGCUGACAAAAGCUUCACCAGACAAUACAAAACUCAUAAGUUCAUCAAAGGAAGAGGAGAGUCAAAGACAUUUUACCCUCUGGUCUUCAACGACAUCAUGGGACUGGAAGAUGGGGAGAAAAACGGAGUUUGUGAUAAAGAUAUAGAGUUGGCUUUGGAAGGUCAUGUGAAGGAGGGCUACGAGUUCAACCCAACUUCUCCACUGAAUAAGUCAAAGUAUAACAUGAGUCCCUCUGCUGACGACAAAAUUCAUGUCCUGGUUUGCGUGAUGUCUGCCAAUGCUUCACAGGUCAAACCGUCAGUUCUGGAGAAAAUGAAGCGCGUCAGAGAAACAGCCAGUGACCUGGGAAUUCCUCAAAUGGCCAUUCUGACCCACAUUGAUGAUGCCUGCGGUGAAACUGAGAAAGAUCUGAGGAAUGUGUACAAGAGCAAGCAUCUGAAGAAAAAGAUGAAGGAUUUAAGUGCAUCAGUUGGAAUCCCUCUCAACUGCAUCUUUCCUGUAAAGAACUACAGUGAAAAAAUUGAUCUGAAUGAUGAUGUCGACUUUCUGAUUCUGAGUGCCCUUAAGAAAAUGGUGGACUUUGGAGAUGACUUCCUUGAGAAAAUUUGAGAUUUUACAGAAAUUCUGAGGAGGAGGGAUUCUGUUAUAUUUAUAAACAGUUACAGCUUUAUUGCAUGUUGUUUUGCAAAAAAUAAUAAUAAUAAUAAUAGAAUAUUUGCACAUGCUAGGUGGUGGAAUGGGUGAUAAAGUUAGGUGUUACUACUUUAUAUUAAAUAAAACUUAAGUUACUCAAAAUAAAUCUGACAAUGCUGAAAAAAAAUCAUCAUGAAGCUGUUAUAUUUUUUAGACAUGAUAGUUCAUCUUAUUUAUGAAGUUGCCCUCUGCACAGGAUAAAAUAUCGGAUUAGAACCAAUAUUAGUGCAGAAAGUGGUGAAGCAAGAUAACAGAUUUAUUGCACGGUGGGGAUUAGUUUUUGUUGAUGUGUUCAAAACACCUGUUUUCCAAGUAUACUGUCAUUAAAUAAAAUAUUUAUCCUACUAA